GUACUAGCGUCCGUCGGGGAAACAGUUGACAGCAGACAAGAGCAGGCCGGAGUGGGUAAACAAAACAAACAUAUUAAAAAAGAGCUAAAGCAACCCAUAAGUUUGAUCUACUUUAUAUCUGUAGGAUGUGUAACAUUUUUCUAAAGCGGUUUGAAAUCUGUUAAAGGGGAAAGUCGUUUGCAAAGAGAGGGCGUGCACCUGUCAAAGCUAAAUAGGUUAACCUAGCUAACGUGUGCUAACACGUUAGCAAGCUAGCUGGCUCGUUAAACCCGCUCAGGUUAGCUAGCUAGCUGGCCAGCCAUGUCGUCCCCGUCCUCCUCCAGGCGCCAGUGGUGCUACCUGUGCGACCUGCCAAAGAUGCCGUGGACUGUGGUGUGGGACUUUAGUGAAGUAGUUUGUCGUGGCUGCGUGAACUACGAAGGAGCUAAUCAGAUUGAGUUCCUUAUAGCGAGUGCCCGACAGCUAAAACGGACUCACGGGAUGCAGGACGGUAACGUCAGAUCACCUGGUCCCUCGUCCAAUAAACACGGCACAUCUGGCAGAGGAGAUGCUUCAGCGGACGGAGGCAGGCCGCACACGGACCGCUACGAAAGGGGAGGAAGAGGAGAAAGUACCGUGUCAGCUAUUCGUGUACCGCCCAACGGGCUGCACCGUGACGGCCAGCCGCCUCAAGAAGUGAACCGUCAGAGUCCAAGCGGCAGCCGACGACCCAUGCUCGGCGCUGCCAUCCCUCCUAGUUUAGUAACUCAAAGUAUUGCAGGCAUUCCCCAUGGGCUACUUGCGGGCAUGCCGGCGGGUCUGACCGCCAGGACAGCCCCUAUGAGCAGCCCCAUGAUUUUCCCUGCCCCGGUGCUGGCUGAGAUGAGCCGCAGGCAGCUGGGGAUAGGGAUGGGGAUGGCCCCUUUUAUCACUCCAGAGCUGGAGCGAGAGCUCAGUUCAUCCCAGAAUCAGCCCAAGAUACAGACGCAGGUCCACACUGCUCUGGCUGGCAGCAGCGCCAGCAAGAGUACAGGGCUCCCUUCUUCGUCCUCGACUCUGGCUGGAGGUGUAAGCCAGACAAGCCCAAAGCCUGCCUCAUCUCCAGCCAGGCAGCCACGCCCCCUAACCGCGAGGUCCGGAGGGGAGCCCCUGGGAUCCAGCACCUCAGCAGAGGCUGCCACCACAGCUGCAGCUUUACCCCACAGUGGUGCCUCUGAGCUGGGGUCAGCGUCUGGCAGCAGCACCCAUUCAACCGGAAACACUCUGUCCUGCACCUUGUGUCAUGAGAGGCUGGAAGACACACACUUUGUUCAGUGUCCAUCAGUGCCAGGCCAUAGGUUCUGCUUUCCCUGCACCAGAGUAUACAUCCAGAGCCGGCGAGGUGAUGGGGAGGUGUAUUGCCCCAGCGGAGAACGCUGUCCAUUAGACAACUCUCCAAACAGUCCCCCAUGGGCCUUCAUGCAGGGAGAAGUCUCCACUAUUCUGGGCACUGCUGGAGCAGGAGCUCCAUCAGCUGCUGCAUCUGGAGCCGGGAACGGGCCCGGCCCUGGAGCUGCAGCUGCUUCUGCAGCAGGGAGCGGAGCUGCCAGUGGAGCCGGAGCUGCCAGUGGAGAUGUCACUGUCAAGAAAGAGAGAGAGACGUGAUGAUGAUUUCCAUGGAAACCAGGACCCAACACAGCAACAGAGUCAUGUCACAUACCAGAAGAACACGUCUGCAAGGGAGCUCUGAAAGAUCCAGAAGAGAAGCAACACAGAGACCCACAGUUCUAAAACCUCCAUUACACAGGUCUUGACCACAGCAACUCACACCACCCAAUUUUAUCAGGAUUACUGGACCUAAAAUUGCCUUCAUGAUGCACUGUUGGAAUCAGAUAUUCAGGGCCAAUCAGCAGCUGAAUAAUGGCUACUUUUUGUAGAGUUUGUAUUAGUUGUGCCAGUUGAAACAACUGAUCAUGCCCUCAUUAGCACUGCUGGCUAGCUAGAGUCAGCAGCUGGAAAUAAAUGGGCUGAAGCAGUUGGCACAAGCUAACACAGCAGCUUACAUCCAGCACCGAGCUGUUAAGUGAUCCAACAAACUCACACUGAUACUUAUACAGCUUGACUCUUGUUAAGCUUGGUUAUGACAAUUCAGUAACAAUAGCCAUAUGACACAAACAGUUAGCCCUUUUACUGUCUGGUUUACAUACAUGAAUCUUGAAACCUCUCUGCACAAAGUAACCUAAAGCUAAUAUGUAGCUACAUGUUGCAAAAUAAUUCAUUACUCUAUAACAAAAAAAAUCUUGGAAUUCAAAAUCUUCAAAAAUCAUUUGACAUGACUGAGUUUGUCUGAGUCGCUCCAACAUGAAAUAAGCAAUCUGUGCAACAAAUUGGCAACCACCUGUGCUUCGAGCUACAGCAGUGUGACUUGAGUGCAGUGGUAGGGGUGAAGAGGAGUGUGACAUUUAGUGGCUAAUGUUAUCAAUAGCACCUUGACAAAAAACAGUGAACAGGACUACUGAAAUGUCUCAAUUUCUCUAUAGGGCCAACAUUGUAUUAAUGUAUCAUUGUCAUUGGUUUUAUUUGCUAAAAGUAGCAAGCAUCGCUACAAAUGGUAGCUUGUUAGCAAUCCCAGUGUGUAUUGGUUAUAUUACCCUUCUUAAACUCACAGAAAGUAGCCAUGGUCCAGUGUUUAUUGUAACAGUACAUUAAGUAUUGUGUUUUCACGGGGAAGCACAAAAGUUUGUUUUUUUACAAAUCCAACACAAAUGUUUAAAUGCUAAAACAGUGACCACAGUUGUUCCAUAUCUUUCUCGCUGAUGAACAAACUGUUGGCCGGCAGCAUGCAGAAGGAGGUCAGAUAUCACACUGUUGGCAGAACAAUACAGGCUGUUCUGAGUCGAAACAUGUUGGAACUUAACUGUCUCGGACAAAAUGCCAUUUUCUCUGCCAGUGCUUCGUCUAAAUGAAAUAUUUGUGUUUCUACAAAUACAAUUUACAUGACAUGAAAUUGGCAUUUAUGGUGAAAAAGUGUACCUUAAAUUUGAAAUACAGAAUUGUUAUUUUUUAUUGUUUGAUGACUGAAUCCUUUACCUGGCGUACAAUCAGUUGUUGUUUUUUUUAAACAAAAAGAAAAAUCUUAAACAACUAAACAUGAGAUUUGGACAGGAUGCCAGUAGUGUCAUUUUUCUGCGCAUUUCUUUUUUUUCCCGCUUAAAUAAAGCUGACUGACUCAGAGAGAGGAGAGUGUGUAGAAACAACCAGUUAAUCUUUCAAAGCAUAGACCAGCCAGAGACUCUUGUGUUUAACUGUAUUUAAAUGUUGCUUUCAUACAAGAUCCAGCCCAGCCUACGCUUUACCCUGAAUGUAUAUGAAAGAUAUCUAUUGAUAGGCCUAGGACUAUAUUUUAUACUAGAAUGUUAAAUGUUAUAUACUGUAUAGAUCUAUAAUAGUAUGUGCAAUCCUUAGUCCUAGUAUAUGCAACAGUUUGGAAUAUGUAAUUAAAACGAUUGUGUAUCAUUUCUUAAACCUUUUGUUUUUAAAGUGAGAAUCCACCUAAAAGCAGAAAUGCCCUUCUGUAACCCUGGAAGGUUUAUUAUUGUUCAUGAAUUUGUUUCUCCCAAAAAUAGAGACAAGACUUUUUAUCGCUUGACACUUUCAUGGAGUAGGAACUGUACUUUUUACAGUCAAAAGAAUAUUUUUGGUUUGCAGAUGGUGAAAUUAAUCUUAACCUCACAGUUUGUUUAUUUUGCUCUCCGCUUAUAUAUCCAGCAUUCCAUUCAUGUCAGUGGAACAAACGUGGAUGACCAUACAUACUGUACAUCUAGUCCAAACUCUCUUCGUCAGUUACAAAGAAAUGUGCAGGGAUUUAAUGUUCCGAAAAUCCAACAUCCAACAAAUACGUUUUUUAGUGGAUUCUCUCUUUAUGUGCGGUAUGUACUUGCCAGUACAGAAGCACAGACAAACCAAAGGUAAUUUUACGCCCAAACUGAUGUUUCUGGAUGUAAAUGUUUCAUGGGGGAAAAGAAAAUAUUGCUAUAUUUUUUGGCCAGGUCUUAGCCAGCUGUCUUCAUCAAGCCGUUACAGUUUACAGGCCCAUGUGGUCUACUGUACGUACGGGAUUUCAUAUAUAGUAAAGGUCUAUAGUACGCAGCAAGUACUAAUGUCGGCCUUCUAUAUCGAGAGAAUAUCCCACAGAUCAGGUCUGUUUUAGAGAAAUGUCUUUGAAGAAGUGGAAUUUAAGUUUAAUAUGCACUGAUACAUCAUGCAAUCCCUUGUUAAGUGCCUUUUUAAAAUGUUUACCGUCUGUUUGUGUGUCUGGGAACCUCAGGGGAAGUCGGAGUGCAAUGGCUUUUUUAUUGUCUAGUCAAUGAUUAACCUGAAUCUGUUUCCCUUCAAUCACCAUCAGACGGCUUUUGCUUUCAUCCGAAGCCUUUGUAAAGUCGGCCAGCCAUUUAUUGUCUCGAUAUGGUCUCUCCUCACAUCUCUCUUUUUUUCAUUUGUGUCAUCUUUAGAUCUGUUGGUUUUAUUGCAGCUUUAUGUACAAAAUAGAAACCAGGAAUAAAUGGGAUGGAAACUUGUA